AUGGUGGGACCUCUGGGCAAGGCCGCUCUCGGCGGCGCGGCGAUCCAUCACCACCACGAGAAGAAAGAAGAGAAGAAGGAGGACAAGGAGAUGAGGGAGCAGAUGAUGUGUCAGCAGCAGCAGCAGCAGCAAUUCGCUCAGGGAAUGGCGGCUGGCGCGGCCGCGGCCGCGGCAAACCCGCAGGCGUACGCGGCCGGGUACACCGCGGGAGCGCAGCAGCCGACGGGUCAUCAUCACAAGCACUGA